GUCGUCAUUAUCAUCGCGAAGGUGUAGACGCGUCGUCGCGCUGCGUUGCGUUGCGUCGUUCGCGAGGAGGAAUCAGGAAUGCGAUUCGGCCCGGCGGGUUCCGCUGCGCAGCGGCGCGAUAAAACGCACACAGAGAAGGUGAGAGUAACAGCGGAUCUCUCGGCGUCCUCCUUCGCUACAGCGGCGACCUGCAUGAAGGGCACCAGAUAGGGCGACGCAAGGAUGAGGCGGACCGACCAUGACGGCCACGCUGUGCGGCAAGGCCCGCCGCCCUUCAGGGUGCUGGCCAGCCCCGACGUCGCUUACCUGCCGCCGCCGUCCUCGACGCCGCCGCCUCCGCCGCGCGCGCCCGAGCCCUACAAGAUCGCCCCGUCGACGACGUCCUUCGGCCGGGCGCACCGUCGCUCCAGCUUCGUGAUACUCGCCGAAUCCAGACCGGCGACACCGGAAUCCGCGGACGCGUCAGCCGGUCUGCCGACCGGCAGGGUCUCGCCCUUCCGUGGCCGCGGCUUCAAGGGACCGCCGCCUCGCUCCAGGUCGAGGCCGCAAUCCCCGGAGGUCGCUACGGACGGACGUCGACGCGGCAGAAUCGAGAGGAGGGCUUCGGUGUCGCAGCAGAACAGCCCGAGGCGGAGCCUGAUACCGCAGCCGACGUAUCGCCAGCGGUCGAGCUCUCUGACGAAGGCGAACGAUCGUUCCCCGUCGCCGAGGAUCGGCCGGCGGGUCGACUCGAGGACGCGGCUGAACGUCUCGAGCUCGCGGGACCGACUGAACGCGACGAACGAGCCCAGGUCGACGCGGCUGAACGACUCGAGGACGCGCCUGAACAAGUCCGACUCGAAGAGCCGCGCGAACCUCGGCGGCGAGCCGGCCAGGGCCCGCUUCGUCUCCGGCUCCACCGGCAACCUCAGCAAUAAUCCCGCGGCAACGCGUAAUCGGCAAACGACGAGAGGGUCGACGCGACUCUCUCCGAUCCAAGGCACCCCGACGAAGCCGGAGAAGGCGAGCGGUCAGUCCUUGAUGAGAGGGGACCGCGCGAGGGACUCGUCGUCGAGACCGGUCGCGAAGACGACACCGAGGGCGUCGCCGCAGAAGAGCAACGUCGAGCGAACCCGGAGGGACAAUCAGAACCGGAACACCAGCAAGGAUCGCGUCACCUCGCCGUCCAAGAUCCCCUUGAAAACGAGCAGCAGGAACGGCGCGCCGUCGAACACCGCCGGCAGGUUCAUCACGAUGCCCGAGCAGGGCUCGGAGGCGACCCGGAAGACGGACAGGGCGGUGAAAGAGGGGAAGAACAAGGAUGAGACAACGGAGAACGGGCAAUCGCCCGAGGCGAAGCCGAAGGAGGUGAACGGGGACUCCCCCGGGCUGCAGACUGAUGAGGUGGACCUCAUAGGCCUGCUGAAGCAGUCCUCGCCGCACACGAUCGCCACGUCGAGCGAGCGUCUGGUGAACACCACGACGAGCACAGCGGUGAAGCCGCUGCACAUCGACGCGAACGCGCUUCUCGUCGAGCGCACCGACGGCAGCUCGAGCCAGCCGAGGGACCCGUCUUCCGCCUCCCCCGCGUCGUCCAAGGACGCGUCGCCGGCUUCGACGCAGCAGAACGCAGCUCCGGCGAGGUCGACGAUGGAGAAUCAGCCGGCGGUCAAGGCGAGUCAGCCGAGCAACUCGGCCAGCGAGAAGAGGGAGUCCCCCGUCGGCGCGGAGAGCAGCCAUUACUCGAAGAGCGGUCAGACGGCGAGGAACGCCUCCAGAGCGAACGGCGAGGCUCAUCAACGUCCGAGCAAUCAGUCUUCCGGUAAUCAGCGCUCCGCUAAAAACGGCGCUCGCGGGCCCAAGCAAGCGGCCGACGCCGGCAAGCUCCUCGCGGAGGAGGCGGCGUCGUCGCCGGCGGAGGUCAAGAGCGGGUCGGCCGGUCGCGAGCUUCCGGCGGACAGGAUGCCGACGGUGAUGGAGAACGCGAGGCCGGGCGAGGGGAUGAAGAGCACGCCGGCGACGAAUAACGCGGCGACGACGAGGAACAGCGCGACGACGGUGAACAACACGACGGCCGCGAGCAGCAGGAUGACGAAUAGCGGGGCGAAGGCUGGUAAUCACGACAACCAGCACGCCAACUCCGCGGCGGGCGGUGCAGUGAACGCGAGUGUGAACAGUGGGGCGCGGCCGAGGAACGAGAACCGCGGCAGCGACGCGUCCCUGAAGUCCUCCACCGGCGUGUCCACGGACUCGAUCGAGAGCGUGAGGUCGACGGACACCGGGGUGAGCGUCAACACGGUCAGGGGGGUGUCCUCGCCGAGGGAGAAGACCGGGGUGCACGUGGUGAAGCGGCAGGAGAUCGAGACGCUCAGCGGCAACGUCGUCUGCGUCGAGCAGAACGGCGAGCCGGCGGUCCUGACCUCCAGCAACGAGAAACAACGUGAUAACGAGCGGCUGCUGACGCGUUGGGGAAGGUCUUUAAGUCGCUACUGUAAGUGCUGUCCCGGCAUGAGGUGUCUGGCAUGUCGCAGAGACCCCAAGGGUCUCCUCUGGACAAGAAAUCAAGGGAGGAUGACGGUAAUCAGCGACGACUCAACGCCGCCUGUUGCGGCGGUCCCAUUCAAUGUGUCGCUGUCGCCGCCGCCGCCGCCACCGCCCCCACCCGCAACGAACGCGUCGUCCUGUUGGUCGAAGCUGAAGACCCGCUGCAGGUGCACCCGACUGCGAGAGUUCAAGUGUUGCGCGAGGAAAGCCAGGAUCGCUCCGGCCGAGUCUACCGCUUGCUGCCCGCCGGAGAGGAGGUUCGGCGCGAUCUGCCGGCGCGUGUUCGGCUGUUGCAGCUGCAAACGCGCCGACAAGCAACAACGCACAAGAAACGUACGUGCCAAGCACAGUCUCACGAGCGUGGCGCCGCCGCCAUUGUCGGAGGAACCGAAGGCCAAGCUACCGGAUGUCCUGGUGGAGCACAAUUCCGUCAUGCGCGGCGCCAUUCCCUGUCUGCCGGUUCCUCUCGCCUGGUUCUGUCUGGUGUGGAACGUCCUGCUACCGGGCUCUGGAACCAUUUGGAGCGGUCUGUUCAACAUGUGCACUGGACAGCCGAGAUUUUCUCCUGUCGCUGGACUGAAAUCACGAUUGGGUGCGUUCAUCGUCAAUCUCGUCGUGGGUGUGGGCCAACUAUUCACCGUUCUAUUUUGCCUCGUUGGAUGGGGUUGGAGCAUUUGGUGGGGCGUCACGAUGGUCCGCUUAGCCCGGAAAUACAAGCGGUUCAAGGCUUCGGAGGCCGUCAGCAACGACCUCGAGGCCCGAGGAGGCGAACCAGCCGCCCUGCCUCCCGGCGUGCCGAGUCAAGCUCUGCGAGGGAUCGAAAGGGCGCGAUGAUGCACUCCCGACGGAAAGGAGAUCCUUCCACAGUUACCUAAAGAUAUUUUUUAUCGCGUUCGGCGUUUUGUAUCCUCACGCUCCGUCUGUUAUCGAUCGCUGCUACAUCGGGAGAAUCGUCCGUCACGAAUCAAUUUAAGUCUCGCGCGUCGACCGGGACCCGAAUAUCUUGUACGAACGAUUUAUAAAGGCGAUAUUGCGAGACGGUUUCAGUCGGCGAAAUAUUUCCUUGGCUACGAUCGAGUGACGGCGGAACAAAGCGGAGCGAAGAACUAACCGAGAAACUCGGUGCAAUAACGUGCUAAGCUCGUAGGAAAACGCAAGCUUGACGAGCGAUCGCGAAGAAGAAGGCCGGAAAAUUAUUAAAGGGAUCGAAUCGACUCUCCCCUUGCGCUUUUAUUCCUCGCGCAACGUACGUCCCUCGCUAUCCUCCCGUAAGGGGAGGUUUCUUUUUUAUCGGAAUCUGGGCAAGAAUCACACCAUCAUAAGGGUCACUCUGAGGCUUCCUCUCGUGUGUGGUUUAGCAUGUUAUUGCGCCAAGAUCUUCGAUUUCGAUGCGCAGGGAUUCCCCGAAAGAGAGAGAGAGAGAGAGAGAGAGAAGGAGAGAGGAACAUCAUCGAGAUUUUUGUGUGCAAGGUGUCUGUAAAGUCUCUGCUCUUUGAAGUCCUCCUGAAAAAUUGACACACGGCCACCUCCAUUUCGCAGAAAAAAGGAAAGAAAAAAAAUUCAUCCCCCUAUUUUCGAGAAACACGAGAACGACAAUCUUCUUCAACUCGGAUACUCCGGGCAAAUUAAUUUUAAGGCAAAUAUGUGUUUAGUAGAGAAAUCCCUCGCGAGAAGGGCGAGCCGAAGGAGCGCGUUUGUGCGGAGAAGGGAUCGCGUCGCGAGUUUCGCGAGUUUCGAUUCCGCAGUAACUUCUUGUUUUUAUAUGCGGCAGACGUGAGACGCGGAUCAUCGUACAAACUACCAGACAGAGACUUUGUCGAGCACCCUGUAUUUUUCUACACACAAAGCGAAAAGCUUUCGUUCUCGUUUGAACGGAGGUCCGAUUUUUGUAAAGCGGGCCGGCCGGCAUCAGCCGGCCGGCGCGAAGCUCGCGGCCUAUCAGAAUCCGAAGAAGUCCUUGAAGAUUAAUCGCUUUCAGUGAAAGCAUCCUUUGCGUUCUUUCAAAAUGUACUCGUUACGUCGAUAAUUUGCACGAGAUUUUCAAUGGGAAACAACUCACCGGGGCGAAAUUGCGGUUAUCAGAUUGCAGUUCGCGAACGGCGAACGGAGGUCGGACACAUUUUCUAAUACACGACACGCGACUAAGACUCUCGGAGGGAAGGAUUCGCAGGGGUGUUCUUCGAAGACGCGGCAUCGAUGGAAUAAUUACAUUUUGAAAAAACGCGCCUUAUAUUUUUACAAGCGCAACGAUACACAUACACACGAGUACUCAGCUACCCGAUUAAACUUAUACAUAUAUAUAUAUAUAUAUAUAUAAUAUAUAUAUAUACUUACGCUCGCUCUUGUAAAUAUGAAAAUAUAUUACUUACAUCAAUUUUUCAUGUAAUCUCUGCUCUCUUCUGUGGAAAUUCUUCGGUCCUCCCCUUCCCACCCUCAUCUUCCUCGUCCACGUGAAAUCGUGCGGGUACUUCUCACCUUUUUACUUUGAGAGCCUUCUCUCUUCCUACGAAAUCUUUCUCGCUAAUCUGCCACGUCUCGUUUGAGUUACCAAGUUUCCAGCAGACGAGGAGACGUUAAAGAGCUGUUGCAACUUAUCAUAUCUCCAAUCUUUCCUUGGUUGAUGCAUAUGUGUGUGUGUGUGUGUGUGUGUAAUUUUGUAUGUAUGUGUAAUUUUGAUGCGUGUUUUUAUUGAAUUGAAUGUCUGAGUGCGAGCAAUGAGAAAAACUGGGGACGAACUCGGUUGGAACGAAACGUCCGUUACGCGAUUGGAUCUUUCGGUAUCUUCUUUCCCACGUGUAGAACGAUCGUGAACGGGAAAGAACACCGUCGUGAUAAGAUAAAAGACAGCCAUACGGAUAAGCCGUAUUUCACUCUACGCUUUUCACGCCGUUGCGAUACAGACUAAUUGCUCUUUUCUGUAUCAUCUCUCGUGCCUUCUGGAAAUUCUGAUACGAAUCUGCUCGUCGCUGUACAUGAAGAAAUAUGAAUAUCUGUGUUCUAUAUGAGACGUCCUACUUCUCUGCCGCGUUACUUCUCAACCGCAUUCUACCAACGCGAAUGUCCGAGAGAGAUUGUAAAUCCCCGAGACCUCCUUCGAACUUUGCGUAUUUUUUUUACACGAAUUUUUUCCCCACCUAUCUGAAGUCCGGGUUUUUCGCAAUAAAGAAACGCGAGACGUGACGAAGUCAUCGACGUGACGUAGAAUAAUGAUCGAUGUGAUUAUUAUUUACCAUAAAUUGUCGCUCAAAUAUGUCCUCUUUCAGAACUGAUGAGUCUGUCGCAUGAUGAAAAGGAAAGUUCUGUAAAGAUUAGCGAAGGUUCUUAAACAAAAUUGGAAUUUAAAGGUAUAUACGUUUUUGUUUUUUUCGGAAAACUAAUUUUUCGAUGAUAAUCGUUGCUUCUCAGUAAACAAGAACCAUCGUGUGACCGUUAGACGAGCAAAAAUAUAGAGUAAUAACGCGAGUUAUUGAUCUUUCAAGGUCGAUAAUUCCGAAAAUAAGAGAGACUUGAUUUGAAAAUCUGGCGGAGAUGAGGCAGAAAAAUCGCGAAAAUCGCUAUAUUUGCCGAAUUCACUGUUGCUUAACGUAUCAACAUGUGGAAUGUUAUCGUGGUACGUUCAAGUUCAGAAACGUGCGCAUGCUCGUGAAGUGAACGAAGGAUCUAGCGGGAAUGCUACCCCUAAGCAUGCAAAUCGAUCGCAUGCCCAAGCAACUCUAUUUCAAGCGGGCAUUAUCAAGAUUUCGUUAUUUUCGCCCCGGCAGCGGCUCGCGCGUUGUUUCGUGCGCGUGGUUUGUUGCAUGUGUGUCGUAUAUGUCGCAGAUGUGGUCCAUGUGGCCCGUGUGAUUCCAUGUAGCCUGUGUGGGUAACGGUGUUGUGAACAUCUCUAUAAGCGCGCAACA